AUGGCAAAUUCCAACACCGACACCAACACCAACCCUGAUUCUAUAUGUUCGGGCAUAAUCAAAAGGGUGGUCUGCAAGGUCAUCGACGAGCUUGGCUCUAUAAUGAUAGCUGCUAGCGUCGCGCUACUUUCGCACACGAGUGCCAGCCAAACGCACCCGGCUACGCACUGUUUUCUAUUGGUCGGCAUCGUGUUCUCCAUACUUGGAGUUCAACAUGCCCUGGAGGAAUCGAGGGUCUUAUCUUUGCUCGUGGAACCAUCGGACCUGAAAGAUUGGGUGAGAAGAGGAACGCUUCGCGGCGACAAGAACAAUACCCCGACCAUCAACAGCUCAACCACCCAAAGCCGAGCCCAAGGCCCGAGUGGCCAACGAAGCUCCCCGCAAUCCCCUGGGCAGGCGGAGGCUGGAGGAAUCCAAGACUCAGGGGGUCAAGAACGGCGCCGUAGUUUGGCGGCGGCGAUGCCGGGCGCAUUUUCAUCUUUCGCGCUCCACUCGGUCAUGGUGGGCUGCGGUGUGCACCUAGGGACGGUUCGCAGUCCAGACCAUAAAACAUCGCCACCUCUGCGCGACAGGCCACAGUUUAUCGCCUUCAUAAUCGCCCUAGGGAUUGGGUACUCGCUACACAAACUCUAUAGCGUUGGCCUUCACAAGGAUUGGGGUGAGGGUUCCAUGGGUCGUCAUCGCAUCAAGCCCACAACGUUCACGGCGGAGGCGGAGAGGUCGAACGCCUCGCAAGCAAUCAAUCGCAGAGGAUCGAGGUUGAACAUGUUCGGCCACCCGAUUCUCGCACGGAAAGAUGAAUGA